UUUCCUAUUAUAUUAAAUUUUUUUAAGAAAUAAGAUCGUGUCAAUAAAUUUGCUCACAUAAUUUUAUUACCAUUUUUGAAUAUUCAUGUUUUUACUAUAGGAAGCCUCAAGUCCUCAACUCAACUAAUAUCCCUUCCGAGCAAUAUUCUCUUCCCUACAAUUAAUCCCACCAACCUCCUUCCUCACAUUUCCCUCAAUUAUUCCCAACCUUCUUUUUUUUUUUCUCUCUUCAAUCUCAACUUUAGCCUCACAAAAAUUAGCAAUGCCUCACCCUUGACUUUACCAUACCCUCACUUUUGCAGCAUUUGGGACAGGAAGGAUGGGGUUUUGGAACCAAAUAUGGCAACAUACCCAACUCUCCUUCCUUGUCCUGUCUCUCUUCCUCCUCAAUCAUUGCCAUGUCACCGCUGCCAUCGGCAGCAUCCACCACGGCAUAGUCCUAAAGCCUAUCACCUUUAGAGAAGCUCCUUCCUUUCGCAAUGGUGAUGCGUGCAACCAAGAAAGAAUUCACAUUGCCAUGACACUCGACUCAAACUACCUAAGAGGCACCAUGGGAGCCAUUCUCUCCAUCUUACAACACUCAACAUGUCCUGAAAACGUUGAGUUUCAUUUUCUUUGGGCAAGGUUUGAACCCGAAGUCUUUUACACCAUUAAAUCCACAUUUCCUUACCUAAAGUUCAAGAUUUACCGCUUUGAGUCAAGUAGGGUAUAUGGAAAAAUCUCCAAAUCCAUUCGUCAAGCCUUGGAUCAGCCUCUAAACUAUGCAAGAAUCUAUCUCUCAGAUAUUAUACCGGGUCACGUAAAGCGAGUGUUGUACCUUGAUUCUGAUCUGGUUGUUGUUGAUGACAUUGCAAAGCUUUGGGAAGUUGACUUGGGUGGCAAGGUAGUUGCUGCACCAGAAUAUUGUCAUGCAAACUUCACAAGGUAUUUCACCGAAAUAUUUUGGUCAGACCCGGAACUUCCACGUGCAUUUCAAGGUCGGAAUCCUUGUUAUUUCAACACAGGUGUUAUGGUUGUGGAUGUUGAAAAAUGGCGCGAAGGAAGGUAUACACAUAAGGUGGAAGAGUGGAUGCGGGUCCAAAAGAAAAAGAGGAUUUAUCAUCUGGGUUCUUUGCCUCCUUUUCUUCUUGUUUUGGCAGGAGAGAUAAAGGGUGUGGAUCAUAGGUGGAAUCAACAUGGUUUAGGAGGGGAUAAUAUUGAAGGUAAAUGUAGGAGUCUUCAUCCGGGACCCGUAAGUUUGCUUCAUUGGAGUGGUAAAGGUAAACCUUGGUUGAGGCUGGAUUCUAGGAACCCUUGUACCGUUGAUCAUCUUUGGGCACCUUAUGAUCUCUAUCGUCCAACCUCUCAUUUCUUUGAAGGAUGAAAACAACGGUAGAAACUUUGAACACGAUGUAGCAGCGAUAGGCCUGUUGAAUCUAAGACAAAGAAACCUUGAACUUAGAUCAAACAACCUUGCAGAAGAUCAAACACGUAGAAAAGUAGUUAACUAUUAACAAAAAGAAAUCAUACAUCAGAUGAAUUAUGCAUGCACAAGUUCGUAGCCAAGAUUGACUGAAAAUGUUGGUCGGUGACGAACAAAUUAACUAAACGACGUAAUUAAUUAGAGGUAAGCUUGCAUUUUUGAAGUUUGGAAGACCAAGUUAUAUCUUAUUAUGCAAGGUAUUUGAGAAGACAAUGAUAAUAUAUAUGGAACAACAUCACUCAUGGUGUUUCCCCUUUUUCUGGGUGCUUGGGGUAAAAUUGGUAUAUUGUUUGUGGAUGAUAAUAUCAUCUGAAUCAGUUAAACAUUGCCAGAUGGAUGAACUAUCAUGCUCUUUUGUUCUCCAGAGAUAUGUGAUGUGAAACCUAUGAAUUUCAUAAUGUUUUAAACAUCGUGAUAGAUUUAGCAUAUGUUCUUAUAGUUCAAUUGCAUUGAAAAUGUUAGAACCAAUAAAUUGUCAAUGUUAUCUUGUUUUUGAUU